UAAUAAAUGCAAGAUCAUGCUUUAAUUUACGCCUUCAUUGGAGAAAAAGAGAAACAUAUUCCCGGUUGAAGCCGUACAAGUUAACAACAUGCCAAAUACUGGUAGCCCGAUGGGGAGUUAACAAGAAAAUACAUUUGUAAUUUGUCAUACCAUACCAUACGUAUCUGCGGUAUCUGUCAAAAAUAAAGUUGAAACCGAAGGCUCCUCUUUGUAUAUUAUUGUUAUCUUCGAUGCAAAUCUUUUGUUUUCAUAAAAACAAGAUCUCUGAAACGCAGUAUUUGCAGCCGCACAUCCAUAUUUAUCGCCAACAUCAGCUACGAGCGCUAGAACGAUAACAUAGCUUUCGCAAUGGGUAGCACGGAUUAUGUGGCAAUUAAAGACCUGAAACCAGGCAUGAAAAACAUCAACGCAGUCUUCAUAGUGCUGGAAGUCGGCGGCCCGACGCUAACCAAAGAAGCUAGAGAGGUCAGGACGCUGCGGGUAGCGGAUGCUAGCGCCGCAGUUAACCUCUCAGUUUGGGACGAACCGGGCGCCCUACUUAUGCCUGGCGACAUUGUACGACUCACAAGAGGCUACGCGGCUUUAUGGAGAGGCGCUUUGACUUUGUACGCUGGUAAAUCUGGAGAUAUACAGAAAGUGGGCGAGUUCUGUAUGUUGUUUAACGAGCAAGUAAACAUGAGCGAGCCACAGCCUACACCACCACCGCCUCCUAUGUCUACUACCCCUCCGGCUACCACGCCCGCCCAACGCGCGACUCCGCCAGCCGUCAACAACAACAGCAACAACAAACCGUUUCAAUCUGACAACAAAAUGGGAGGACACAAAACUUACGUUAGGGGACGGGGCCAUCAGAGAAAUAACAACAGGAGGUAGCAUUUUAGUGACAUUCAAGACUUUAUUCGUAAGAGUAUUUUGCAGUAAUGAUGUUUGUAUUUUUAAAUUUGUGUGUAUAUGUUAGUAGUUAGAACAAAAGUAAUUAGAUUUAAUAUGAAGUUAACAUUUUUUAUUCUCAUAGUUAGUAAUGUAAGACAAAUAUGUAUUGCUCACACCACCAAAUAUUGCUACUUUGUAAUGAAAUGUAAAAUAUUUGAUCUGUAAAUAACUGUAACCAAUUAUUUUGAUACAUUAAUUCCUGAAAGUA